AUGGAUGAUGCUUCAGACGACAACGACAACGACAACGGGGUCGCUGGCCGUAGUGGUUCUCCCACCCGAGUGACGCGAUCCGGUUCAUAUGACUGCGCAGGCCAAGUUCAAGCGCAACGCCAACAUUCCAGCUUCUACGCUGUAGUCGUCCCCAAGACCAGAGACCAGAGCCUCGUCCAGCAUGCACGGGAAGCUCUGCUGCUGAUGGGCUGUGACUGGAAAUCUCAGUUUGCGCAAUACUGCAGCACCAAUCUGUUUCAGAGGUUAUUUCCGCACCGGGGAUCAGUCGGGGAUCAACACGGCACUCUGGUCAUUCUGGCUCGGACAAUCCUUCACAAGACCACAGAGAUGAAGAGCACUAUGAAAAUGACAAACAAGGGAACAUCAAUCAUCUCCACAUGA